UUUAGACACCUAUCUCUAUCAGAUCACAAUGGUCUCCCUCAAAUAGGGAAGUUCCUUUUAAGGAUUACAAGACCCAAUUUUCCCAUUAUCCUGUAUUAAGAUCUGCUUUUUUUAAUUCUCUGUACUUACCUAAUAUUUGGCUUUUUCUUCUAUUUUUCUUUCUCUGGUGGAAGAUGUUUUUCUUCUUUGAGCUGUAUUAACUGCACGAUUGUUAAGUGUUGCAGAGGUUUUAACAGGUUUUAAUGAAAGAGUACAAUUUUGGGCACUUGUUUUAUUUAAGAAGUUGUACUGGAGUCAGUGGUGACAAGAGGAACAAAUGGUUAAGACCUGACCUGUUUUAUUAUUGUUCGGGAUUCUAACCAUUUCAGAUUUCUGGGUGGAACAGCAAUGGAGAUUAGGUGCCAUGAGAAUUACAUUCAAAAUUCCAGAGGAGUGCAGCUAUUUACUUGUAGAUGGUUGCCUCUGAAAGCUCCCCAAGCUCUGGUUUUCUUAUGCCAUGGGUAUGGAAUGGAAUGCAGCGUAUUCAUGAGAGAAUGUGGAGUCAGGCUAGCCCGAGCUGGAUAUGGUGUUUUUGGAAUAGACUAUCAAGGCCAUGGAAAAUCGAAAGGACAAAGGUGCUACAUUAAAAAAUUCAGCAAUAUUGUUGAUGACUGCAGCAAUUUCUUCAAGAGUGUCUGUGAGAAUGAGAAAUAUAAGAACAAGCCCAGAUUUCUGUAUGGGGAAUCAAUGGGAGGUGCAGUUGUGCUUCUUCUACACAGGAAGGAUCCCACCUUUUGGAAUGGAGCUGUUCUUGUUGCUCCCAUGUGCAAGAUAUCUGAUAAGAUAAAGCCUCAUCCUCUGGUGGUUAACUUUCUCACCUGCUUGGAAGUGUUUAUCCCCACAUGGAAAAUCGUUCCUACCAAAGAUGUCAUAAACUCGGCCUUUAAGGAUCCAAUCAAAAGGGAAGAGAUUCGAUCCAAUCAACUUAUAUACCAAGACAAACCCAGGCUGAAAACAGCCUUGGAAAUGCUGAGAACCAGCAUGGACUUAGAGGAAAGGCUCUGUGAGGUAACCCUGCCAUUCCUUGUUCUACACGGAGAAGAUGACAUCGUGACGGAUCCAAGCGUGAGUUACGCGCUGUACAAUUCAGCGCGCAGUGUGGACAAGACAAUAAAGUUGUAUUCAGGGAUGUGGCAUGCCCUCACCUCCGGUGAACCAGACCAGAACAUUGAUAGGGUCUUCACUGACAUAAUUGCGUGGUUGAAUCACAGAGUUUGGCAGUAUAGCAGUGAGAUUGGAUUGGUUAGGCAGACGCAGCAUGAAGAAGAUGAUUAUGGAAUCAAGCAAUCUCAGUUUGCUGACAAGUGUGAGGUGGGCCAAGUGGAUAAGUCCCACACCAAAUACCUCCAUUCCGCCCUGUGAUUCUUGACCAGCUGGAAUGGUUUUGUGCGCUUCCCAAGUGAAUGAAUAAAAUAGAAUUUUUCUUGGUUUGGCAACCUUUCCAUUAUUACAUUGCUUCUAGAAGCUUAUCGGCCGUUGCUUCCGUCUGCAAAUUCCGGGACAAUAAUUCAGAUGGAUGAUGAUUAUAAGGGAAAAUAUGAAAGUAUUUAGAGUUAGACACGCAGGCAAUAAUAUCAAUUUACAUUUUGAUCAAAGAUUUGUAUUGUAAAUUGAUGAAUAUGUAUGACACGUCUAAUGUAUAUUUAUAUGAA